GGGAGCCCCGGGAGCGCUGCGAGCGUCUGCCCCCCGCAGGGUUUCCUUUCGGCGGCGCUUCCCCUCGGCGCUCCCCCUGAGGACGCGGGAAGCGCCGCUUCUCCGCUCUGCCCUCGGCGCCGCGCUGCAGCGAGGAGCCGCACGAGAGGUGGUGCGGGCGGCGCGAUCUGCGGCUCUGCGGGAGGCUCACGCGUGUUUCACUGUUGCACAAUUAAAGAGCACAUCUUUGGGGAAGGGAAGCGGGAAACCUCAGCUUCCCGCUGAGCCGAUUCGUACGCCAGGCGCGGGAGCAGACGUAGCGUUAGUGCAGGAGCCGCGUCGGAUCCUGCGCUGCACUGAGUCAUGGCGCUGGAGGCGGGUCGGCGCAUUGUUAGGAGGCUGUUGUAGAAGAAAUGAUACUUGUAAGUUCUUUGGAGCGACGGGAGCAAUUUCUCUCUUAUUUGUGCGUAGGAAGGAACUGAGUCAAAUACGACUUGAGAAUGUUAAUGCUGAGCGUUUAUCUCAGUGCUCGCGGAAUCCGAGGAGAGGCCCGCAGUUCUCCACUGGAAACCUACAGGGUUACAGCUGGGCUGUGGCUUUCCAAAAGCCCCGAGGUCUCACACCGACAUCGUUAAGCGUACUUGUGAAGAUGUGGAUACACAGUUUUAAAAAGAACACGAUGUUAUCCAUAAUCACCUUUCGCAGUUUUUGAUAUCCCUCUUCUUAAGCAUAAACAUUUCACGUGGGCACCUUUCCAGUAACGUAGGUUCCUCAGUUCAGUUUACGAAACCAAACUUGUUACAGAGGUGCGAAGCGUAAUCACCUGGAAAUGGAAAAUUCUCUGGAAAAUGAAUUUGAUGACACGUGUGACAGUCACACUCAAUUAUCUGAAAAUUGAGUCAUGUUCUUACAAAUAAAUGACCUUUGGAUGGCUGUUUGAAAAUUGCACGUUGGAUAAACUUGUUAGCGUGGUGCGGAGGAGGAAGGGGUGCACUGCUGGCAGCAGGUUGUGCAGCUCUGCAGUUAGCAAGUAUUAAGGCUGAAAUGUGAGCCUGAAGUGUCUCCAAAGGAAUGGCAAAUAGCUGCUCUUAAAGAGAUGUUAAGAUGGAUAAAGCCUCGGUUAGAAAGAGUGACCCGAGAGAAACAUUUUUGUAUUGGGAUUCUGGAAUCAAAUCUGGUCAAGAACCAUAAAGGGAAUCUUUGCUUUAGAAGGGGGGGUUCCCUGGAGCUGGCUGUCUCCGCAGGGUGCUUUGCAGCAGUCAUAUUUCAUUUACUUGCUGGAGACACGUGGAAGAAGUCAGCAACUCAGAGAGCUGUUGGCUGAAGCUCUGUUUGAUUUAUCAGAGAGCUCUGAGUUAAAGAAUCUCUGUUAUUUGGACAUACUUUAAUGCUGGACUGCUCUGCAUGAGUCACUUUCUGGAUUUUGUUUACAUGCUGUCUCCUCUAGUAUGAAAAUGUUUAGACUGUUAAAAAGUGUUUGGGUGGCUCUGAGGUUUCUGUUCAUGUCCGAUUUGUUUGUUAGGUGUAAGUAUUGCUUCCAUGUUCAUUAACUAUUAGCAUUUAAAAAUACAAACCCAAAACUUUGUUUUGAAAGGAAUGCUUCUCCAAGUGUUCGCUGCAUUUUGACAUUCACAGCAAUGGAACGUGUAGGGCUGUGGGCUGACUCACUUCAUUCCUGCACAGAGCUUCGUAGCUUUAAAACUACGUAGCCAGCAAGAUGUAAAGUGUGUGCAAUUACUUUGACCUCUGCACCAGAAUUAAUCUUUGCAACAGCUAAUUUUUAUGUGCGCAGUGCAGAAAUUAUUCCCUUAAAAUUUUGUCUGUGUGUUCUAUUGACUUUUCACUGAUGAGGUUUAGAAAUGUCACUGAGUUGAUAUUUUGCACCUGUGUGGUUUUGUGCUCAGUGUCUUAUCACGAGGAAGUGAGGAUGUGAUUUUCCCGCUAGAAUCCAUUUCCACACCUCUGAUAUGAAUCUCCCACAUCAUUUGACUUUGGAAAAUUAUUUAACCAACUAUUAUAAUUCUUUCCUGUACCUUGAGGAAGAAGAGGCUCACACAGUUGGGAAGAUGAAGUUGGCUUUGGAAAUCCACCCCAAUGCUCUGGCAUACUCCAUGACCACGUUGGGUGCUGGGAUGAUGAACAGUAUCUUUAAUUUCUACUACGUCAAGCUUUUCCUAAACCGAUACAGAAUUUCAGAAGUAGCAUUUCAUCAAGCACAGGUUGUAUUUAUGAUAUGGAACGCCAUCAAUGAUCCACUUUUUGGCUAUAUUCAAGACAACUCCCAGUUGCCGUGCUGCGCCAGGCGCCAGUUUUCAAUUCUGUACGGAGCUCCGUUGUACGCGUUAGCCUUUUUGCUUCCUUGGUUUCCUUGGAGACAUUAUGAAGAAGGUGACUGGCUGAGUGGGCUCCACCUCAUUGUUGCAUUAUGUGCUUUUGAUGGUUUGCUUACCUUUGUGCUGCUCGCACAGUGCGCGCUCUUUGCAGAAAUUUCAACAAGACAUGAAAGCAGGCUUCAGCUUAUAAAAUACAACCAAGUAGCAACAUUAAUCGGGUCAACAAGCGUUCUCUUUUGUGGCCUGAUAUCAGAUAAUAUGGAAAAUUUUGCUUAUUUUCAGGCUUUUGCUGUUUUGAUUGCAGCAUUAGCAACAGCUUGUAUGUAUUACACAGGCAAAUACAGUACCAGUCAGUAUGAGCAGAGAGGAAUUCUUGCCGAGAAUGCUGAUCGAGGAGAUGGUGACAGAGCUCUCUCCUGGUCCUCGGUGAUCUCAUUAACCAAACAGAUUAUGACAGAGAAAAACUUCUUAUUUUUUGUUACUAUGAACUUCUUCCAAGUUUUCCACUUAGCCUUCUGCAACAAUUUUAUGAUGAUCUUUGCGGAUAGUCUCAUUCCUCAGGAUGUCCUUUCUUCUUCUAUAAGAAGCAUCAUGUAUGGAGCAGGCUUCAUUUGUCCUCAGUGCCUUGUUCUUCUCAGUCAUGCUUCAUUGAAGAAGUUUGGUUAUUACAGAAUCAUCUUAUUUUCCUUUUACUUUGAAGGAGUAGCUGCUGCUGUCAUGUUUGUUCUAGGGCCAGGACAUUAUUAUCUCUUGGCAUUUUAUCUCACAACAAACAUGGUAAUUGUACAAGCUUCGUUUAGUUUGUUCAAUUUGCCUUUGGCAGAUAUUGUUGAUGCAGAUUUAAUCAAGCACAAGCGAAGAUCACCGCUUUCCUCUAUGGUUUUUGGUACCAAUGCUUUAUUUACCAAGCCUGCCCAGUCUUUGGCUCCAAUGCUUGUGGUUACAAUACUGAAUCAAUUUGGUUAUGAGAACUUGAAUAAUGAAGUUGCUCAGCCUGAUCCAAGUCUGUUUUUAGGUCUUCAUGAUGCCAUGUUCUAUUUGAUCUGUCUGGUUCCACUUUGCAUUGCAGUCCUACAGAUCCUGACGUGGACUCCCUUUUCAAUCCAGAAUAGUCACAUGACAGCUGCAUACUAAAUAUUUAACUGUUGGUCAUUAAAUCAUCUGAUGAACCAUACCACAAAAGACUUAGCAUAUUUUAAAUGUGAAAAAGCAAGAUUGCCUUAAGUGGACUGUUAGACCAAAUAUAGUUUGAGCCACUUCAAUAAUAUUGCACCCUUCUCUGUAAUGUAAUAUAACAAUUCACAUUCAGCCUUAAUGAUGAGCCUAUAUAGAGGGGUUUUUGAGUUGAGUUAUUUAAAUGUAUUGUGAUUUAUCCCUAAUUACUACUAAGGUCAUUUUUGGUAUAUACUGGUCACUGUUACCUGCUUUGAAGAAUGGAUGUGGCAGAUCAGGUGAGAGAAUCCCAACUCAGCACUUGGAAUUUGAGGGAUGUAUGUUCUGAAAGGUGGAGGAUGAAUUCUGUCAUACCUGAUAAAAUGUCAGCUCUCUGAGGUUAGGCCAUAAGAGCCCAGAGGGACAUCCCUCAGGGAUGGCAGAGAGAUGAAGAUGUAGCUGAUGUCCAGCUCACCAGUAUCGACUCAAAUCUGCCAGCUGCUACAGGAAGAGGUCCUGUAAAAAAUCUGUAAAACUAAAUUAGAUUAAAAUGUUAUUCAAUUAGGUGUUAGGGAAAAGGCUCCAUACUUCCUCUUUGGCUUUCAAAAUGUCUGCACUUGGUGGCAGGUAGAUGAAGUUCCUGGCUUUUUCAAUGGGAAAAUUGUUUUGAGGUACAGCGUUGUUAGCCUAUACAAAAUGUCACUGUGGUAAGAAAAACGUUAGCAUAUGGAUAUAGCAGUGUUCAGUUAGUUGGUUCAAGUCUUAGUACACACAUUAAGUCAAACUCUACUUGCUUAGUAGUUUUAGUUUGGCAAAUUCGUUUGAUGUGCUCACGGUUGAAUUUAAUUAAUUAAUGAUUCAUCCAGUUGAUGUUAAUUUCUGAUUUAGCCUUACAAAAAUGUUUUCAGGCAAGUUUUUGAAUGGAUCCUGUGAUUUUUCUAGAAUAAAGUUUUUUAUACAAUUUCA